AUGACGAACCAUACAUUUACGUUCGCAGAAGGCCAGCCAAUUGCAGACCCAUCCGUCAGCACAACGUUGCCUACUUUCGGCGGCGGUGGUCUCACGACACUAGGUGACACGCUCCUCAUUGAGACCCUUUCGCAUUUCAACCGCGAACGUAUUCCCGAAAGAGUUGUCCAUGCGAAAGCUGCGGGCGCGUGGGGAGAAUUCGAGGUUACAAAUGACAUCUCUGCUCUCACAUCAGCCAAGUUCCUCAACGGUGUUGGAAAGAAAACCCCUGUUCUAUUCCGUCUAAGCACUACCGGCGGUGAAAAAGGAAGUGCAGACACUGUCCGCGAUGUGCGCGGCUUCUCUGUUAAGUUCUUCACGGAGGAAGGUAAUCAUGAUAUUGUAGGAAACCACAUUCCUGUGUUCUUUGUUCGUGAUCCUAUGAGGUUUCCUUCUCUUAACAGAAGCCAUAAGAGACAUCCUGCCACCAACCGGCCGGAUUGGACUAUGUUCUGGGAUUUCCACGCGAACCAACCGGAAAGUGUUCAUGCUUUGAUGCAUCUUUUUGGCAACCGGGGUAUUCCUGAUUCCAUCCGCAGAGUGACAGGCUUUGGUGUACAUACCUUCAAGAUGGUAUCAGCUGAUGGUGGCUUCCGUUACUGCAAGUUCCACUUCCGACCGACCCAGAAUAUCACACACUUCUCUGGCCAGGAAGGUACUCGUAUGGCUGGUGCAAACGCCGACUUCCACAAUCAGGAUUUGUGGGAUGCUAUUGCUCGGGGAGAGUUGCCGGCCUGGAAACUUUACGUGCAGGUCAUGGAGCCCGAGCAGGCUGAAACCUACGGCCGUGCUCUGUUUGAUAUCACCAAAGUGUGGCCUCACAAGGACUUCCCAUUGAUCGAAGUUGGUCAAAUGACUCUCAACAAGAAUCCCGAGAACUAUUUCGCCGAAAUCGAGCAAGCCGCAUUUUCACCUUCUAAUAUGGUGCCUGGGAUUGCAAUGACUCCUGAUCCUAUGUUGCAGGCGCGUAUGUUCGCUUACCCCGACGCUCAACGGUACCGUCUGGGAGUGAACUACACACAGCUUCCUCCAAACCGUGCAAUCUGCCCUGUAUACGCGCCAUUCGAGCGCGACGGCAUGGGAACUAUAACCAGAAACUAUGGUGGCGACCCGAACUAUGUACGGAGCUCAUUGGGCCCUGGCGUCCCCAGCCAGACUGUUUCCAACGUACGACACACUGAGCGCAUUUUGCGCAACGCUGUCCUUGGCCAGAAUGAGAUUCCAGUUGAUGAUGAGGAUUUCCUUCAGCCACGAGAGCUGUGGAACAGGGUAUUUGAUGAAGCCGAGAGAAGGCAGUGGGUGUCAAAUGUGUCGGAGACUUUGGAAGACUUGCCUGAUCAGCUCAAGGAUGCUGUCACUGCCAUGUUCAGCAAGGUCGAUCCCCGUAUCGGUCAAUUGUUAGAAGCUAAGGCGAAGAACAGUUCACGUCUUUAG